AAUAGAUAAAAAUAAGGGAAAUUUAAAGUUACAUAGGUCUAACAAAUAAUAAAAUUAGUUUGCACAAUAAGAAUUUUAAUGAAUUUAGUGGUGAGACUAAUACAUAAUCAGAAAUUAAUAUAAUAUCACUAACUUUGUUUAAUUAAAAGAUAAGAGAUAAAAAGCUUUUUUAAUUAUUUAGUAAAAACUUUCAUUUUAUCACAAAGGGUUAAUUAGGCUUUCAAAAGUUAGCAAACAGCCAAUUUAGAUAGAGAUUUUAAUCUUAGCUAAAGCAGUUAGCAAUCAUUUAUAUUAAGAUAAAUCAAAUUUAGUAUGGGAAAUAUAUGUUCAGGAUGCCAAAGAGAUAAAGAAGAUUCAAAAUCAGCUGAACCUUAUAGAUAUGAAAAAAAUUUACCUAUAUCUCUUUAUAUUGAAAAAUAAAGAACUCACUAUACAGAUUCUGUGAGUAAGAGAUAUAGUCGGGCAUAUUUGGAUUAAUUAGAAGAUAGCAAUAACGACAGGACAUUUAAAAUAUAGUAAACAGAUGGAGUUUAGGAGUUUUGGAAAAAAAAUAAAAAGAAAAUUAAAGGAUUUAACACUACUAUUCGUCCUUCAACAACUUACCAGAUUGAUGGAAGACUAGCAUUAAAAUAUUUAAACAGUAACUCAGAUAGAUUUGAAUCACAGUAUUAUGAAACAGAUGUUUAAAAAUUACAUUAAGCAGCAACUAUUAUACAAAGAUGGUUCAAAAAUUAUAAAAAAAAUUAAAUGAAUUUUACUAAUCUGAUUAAUUCAUGUAGCAAUCUGAAUCAAAUAAAUAGGACACAGGAUUCUUAUUCUUUUAAUACAAUAGAUGUUACUGUAAGAUAGUCUUGAGCUUAAUUAAUUAUCAAUAAAUAAUAAUGAUCAAUCUAAACUACUUUUAACAUUUUAAACUUAAUUUAUAAAGCUACUCUAUAAAUGGGUACAUCUACCUGAUAUCAUACAAAAUACUUGAAUUACUUUUGAAACAGUUUUCCAUUGCUAAAAGUGAAAAUCAUAUUUCAAACAAACAAACAAACAAAAAAUAAAUAGUAAAGACUCUAUUAAGCAAUUUAGUAAUUAAAAAAUUUCAAAUUAAUUAAUCAUAGGAUUAUAUAAUGUAUUCUUUUAUAAUCAAAUUUCAUUAUAUUAGUAUUUCGAGUUAUUUUCUUUUAACUGCUUAAAGAAUUUAAAUAG